AUGAACUUCAUGACGGUGAAGAGUGAUAUUGGCAGAGUUGUGGAUAUCCUGCGCUCCUGUCCCUGCAGAAACUUUCCCGUUGUCGAUAAUGCUGAAAAUAUGAUGCUUUUGGGUACAAUUCAAAGACGAGACCUGAUGAAAGUUAUUUAUAAACUCAUUCUUUCCGUGGAAGAUCAAGAAAACGUUGUGGAUAGGACAAAAUUUGAAACAUUAAAACACCUGAAUGAAUCAAGUAAUGAAGAACUUUACGAUCAAAACUCUUUGACAACGUUGCUUCAUAGGGUGAUUGACGUUAGUGAGAUGGGCAUGGAUAAAGCGCCGUUUCAAAUAGUUGAUGAAACAUCUCUUUAUAAAGUCAGAAAAGCUAUUGAAAAAGAAAUUGAGUCUACGAUAAGAAGAAAAAUGAAGGACUUAAUCGUAAAAAACUGA